GGAUGGAGCUGGGGGAGGCCGUGGCGUCCCCCCUCAACUGGUCCCGAGAUGGCGCAGAGCCGCCCCGCGGGGAGUUCAACCUCUCCGGGCUGCCAGUGACAGAGGGGAAGCCCCUUUUCGGCAUCGGCAUCGAGAACUUCAUCACCUUGAUCGUCUUUGUGUUGAUCUUCUCCAUGGGGGUGCUGGGCAACUCGCUGGUGAUCACGGUGCUGGCAAGGAGCAAGCCAGGCAAGCGCCGCAGCACUACCAACAUCUUCAUCCUCAACCUGAGCAUUGCUGACCUGGCCUAUCUGCUCUUCUGCAUCCCGUUCCAGUCCACAGUCUAUGUGCUCCCUACCUGGGUGCUGGGUGCCUUUGUCUGCAAGUUCAUCCACUACUUCUUCACUGUCUCCAUGCUAGUGAGCAUCUUCACGCUCUCAGCCAUGUCAGUGGACCGCUACGUGGCCAUUGUGCACUCCCGACGUUCCUCAGCCUUGCGUGUUUCCCGCAACGCACUGCUGGGUGUGGGGCUCAUCUGGGCACUCUCCUUUGCCAUGGCCUCACCUGUGGCUCACCACCAGCGCCUCUUCCACCGCGAGGCCUCCAACCAGACCUUUUGUUGGGAGCAGUGGCCCAACCCACGCUACAAGAAGGUGUAUGUGGUUUGCAUGUUUGUCUUCGGAUAUCUGCUCCCGCUGCUGCUCAUCUCCUUCUGUUAUGCCAAGGUUCUUAAUCAUCUGCAUAAGAAGUUGAGAAAUAUGUCAAAGAAGUCAGAAGCAUCCAAGAAAAAGACAGCACAGACUGUGUUGGUGGUGGUAGUGGUUUUUGGCAUCUCCUGGCUGCCGCAUCACGUGAUUCAUCUCUGGGCUGAAUUUGGAGUUUUCCCACUGACUCAAGCCUCCUUUCUCUUCAGAGUAACAGCACACUGCCUGGCUUACAGCAAUUCUUCUGUGAACCCGAUUAUAUACGCAUUUCUCUCUGAAAAUUUCAGGAAGGCCUACAAACAAGUCUUCAAAUGCCAGAUAGGUAACGAGUCACCUCUGAAUGAUGCCAAGGAAAAUAGAAGUCGAAUAGAUACCCCACCAUCUACCAACUGUACACACGUGUGAACUUUGAAAAGUCAUAAAAUGUUGGCUCCUUGUUUAUGUGAACCAAACACCUA